AUGGCGACAGAACGCUCUCUGGCCGCGCUUUUGCGGUCUUUACAGUCUGCGUCCACUUUAGAGGAUGCCUCUGGACUCCUUCCUACCGCAACGAGUUUCCUCUCAGUUCUCGGCAACCCGCUCAAUCUAAGCCUCCUCUCCUCGCAGCUUCUCUGCACCCCCGCGCUCUGGGACGGCCCCGUCGAUCUUCAAGCAUGUCGCAAGAUUCUCAGCAUUUUCAACACAGCCGCCAUCGCUGUACUACACAAUGAUAACACCGAUGAACCGCGCCCAACAUACGGUCGGAACCGCAAGAUAGAGCGCGAGGCAUGGGUGAAGGCCGUAGCCGAGGGUGCGGACGACAAGUCACCGCGCUGGAGACACAUGCUCCUACUCGGCGGCAUAUUGCUUGGAUUCGAGGGACAGAAUCGACAGGGUCUACCAUGGCAUAUUCGAACGAAGCUUGAAUCGGCACUUGCGACGGCCGCACAAUUAGCGCUGGAAGAAAUGCAGACUGAGAAUGGGAUCGAUGGGUAUUGCAUUACCAUGGUCCUCAAUUAUACCUUUGAACUACUCUCCGAUGUCGAGAGGAGUAAGAUUGACUAUGACCGCUUGCUUCCCGUUAUGGUGCGAUCUACUUUCCUUUCACCGGAGGGGUUGGAGGGUGGAUAUUUCCUCGGUGCUAUUGAUAAGGACGUUGUCGAGGUACCUGGGAAGAAGUUCCGCUGGUCAUCGACUUCUCCGACCUUUGGAUAUUUCUCUACAAUAGCUUCGAGGCCGCUUAUUGCGGCUUUGGGUCCGUUGUCGAGACUUAUUUCUCAUGCGGUGGAUAAUGCGCGCAAUCCGGACCUCGUGGCGCAGACGGUGGACUAUAUGGCGGACUUUGUUCGUACGCUUAUGGUGCAGUGGCGUCAGAAUAAGUUAUCUGAAGUGGAUGUUGCGGAGGAGGCUGAGUUUUUGGAUGCGGAAUCUUUGCAGACUACUAUCCCGGCUUUGUGGAAGGUUCUUAGAAACUGCUUAUACUCGGUUGUUAUUGUUCUUCGGGCUGUUAUUGGGAGAACUAUCAAUGACCCUGCUCUCGCUGCUGGCAGUCGUGCGCCAUAUCUUUGCAUGCAGUCCCUUCAUAUUCUCCGCAACCUGUACUUUGUCUCCUCUCGAACGGGGCAAAAUGGAUCGUCACAGCAGGCUUUCGUGUUCCUGGCUGCCGUUGAUAUUCUCUCACAGUACCCUGACUUGGCUGAGAACUUCCUGCGCAGCAUCAAGCCCAGCGAUAUUGGCCAAAUCCCGAGUCAUCCGGUGGAGCGGUGCUUGGAUCUCUUCUUCAUGAAUGCGGCCGAGCAUUUCCCAAUUGUCUUGCCGACUGCCGUGAACGAGGAACUACUAUUAUCUGCUGCUUUCCCUUACUUGGCAGCUGGUGCGAACCCACUUCUGCUUGAAAUCUUCGAAGCAGCCCACAGCGUUGUGCUUGUUGUAUUUGCUAUUCCCCAUAAUGCAGAACUAGCUGGGAAACACCUACCAUUCUAUAUUGAGAACCUAUUCGCCGUCUUCCCUGAUAACUUAUCAGCCCGCCAAUUCCGCCUCGCCUUCAAAACAGUCAUCCAAGUCACUGCACCCCCCUCACCGCUAGCAAAUACCCAACCACUCCUCCCAACAAUAUUAUUCGAAGUAGUCCGAGACCGAGCAAUGCACGCAUCCACAACGGCCAUUAUCCCCACUGCCCAAAAUUCAAAUAGCACAGCGCCAGAUCUGGGCAAUACGCCACCUCUGUCCGUGCAAGCCGUGCUCACGCUCGCUCUCAUUGACUCCCUCUCUUUCCUUCGCGUCGAUGACUUGAAAGAAUGGCUUCCGUUGACCGGUGAGCUUAUUAAUGCUGUUCCGGACCGGGGUAUGCGUGUUGCGUGCAUUGAUCGGUUCUGGGAGGCUAUUAGUGGUGGUGAGAUGGAUGUUGAUCGGGCUCAUUGUUGUGUUGCUUGGUGGAGUACGCAGGGUGGGAGGGAGUUGGUUUUAUAUGGGGCGGAGAAUUUGGGGGAUGUGGAUGCGGGUGCGGAUGGGGAUGCGGAUGGGCCGUUUAUGAGCGGGGCUAUUGGUGUUGUUGCGCCGGAGAGUAAGCUGUGA